AUGUUAUCUGUUGUAUCAUUAUUAUUUCGUUCAUCAGCCAUUUCAAGAAGUAGUAUUCUUGUAAAGCCUAUCCAACAUCGAUCAAUUUCAAGCAAAAUGUCAUUAGAAGCUUUUAAAACAAAUGAAAUUGUACCCGAUGUUAUUAGUAAUGCACCAAAGAAGAUAAUUAAUGUGUCUUUUAAUAGUGGAGUUUCUGUUAACAUGGGUAAUAAGCUUAAACCAAGACAGGUCAAAGAUCAACCUACUAUUGAUUAUGAGGCGGAAUCAGGAGCUUUGUACACUUUGGCUAUGACUGAUCCCGAUGCUCCAAGUCGUCAAAAUCCAACAUUUCGUGAAUGGGAACAUUGGUUAGUUGUUAAUAUUCCUGGAAAAGAUAUUUCCAAAGGUGAUGUUCUUGCUGAAUACAUAGGAAGUGGUCCACCAUCAGGAACAGGUUUUCAUCGUUAUGUUUACCUUCUUUACAAACAACAAGGAAAAAUAACUGAUUCUGAACAUGGACAUUUACCAAAUAAUUCCGGUGAUAAACGUGGUGGUUUUAAAAUUGAGAAGUUUGCACGCAAACACAAUCUUGAGGGUCCAAUUGCUGGAAACUUUUACGAAGCUGAAUGGGAUGAUUAUGUUCCAGAAUUAUAUAAACAAUUAGGUGGUUAA